AUGAUGGUAGGAUUAAAUAUUUUAGUCUCUUUCGUUUUUUUCGCCUUCCUUCUAGAUUUCGGUAAUUUCGACAAUGGAAUCUAUUCUCUUCAUCCACUUUUUGAUUUUCAUACAGAAUCGAGUAAUGAUAUAAAUCGUCCAUAUUAUUCACUUAUCAAUUAUCCUACGGCGAUUUUCCACUCAUUUUCUGGGCUUCGUAAACCUGAUUCGAAUGAAAAUGUGGCCAAUCGCAUGGCGCAUAUACAAUCCGAAAAUGAUUAUGAUCCGACUUUUGACGCCGAAGCGAUCUUUGAUCAGAUGAUGGAAUUUUUGCAUGGUCAAACUGAAAAUCGAAAAUAUACUACCGAAAAAAAUCGUGUAGAGCACGACCAGGCAUUCAUAUUAGGUGAACAUGUAUGUGUCCAUGAAAUUAAACAAUUAAUUAGUAAAAACCGACCUACACCAGGCUGCAAAAUUUAUAAAAAUGCUAAUCGUUGCAUCGUCACAAAUGGAAAUUUCACCAUUAUUCGUACUGUUCAAUGUUGUAAAGGCUAUAAAACGAAUGAUAUUAAGGAAGGAUGCUCCAGCGAAGAAAAUGUUCCAAGUAUUGCGGAAUGGCUUAUAAAAGAAAAUUCAUGUUUAAAUAGAAGUGAAAUUGGGUUAGAACGACUAAAAAAAACCACAUUACUUGUACCGCGUUCGGGAUAUUGCUCGACUGAAAAAAAUAUACUGAGCCUCAGUGAUUAUAUGAUUGAUGAUGAAAUCCACGCACAUGAUUUAUUGGAUUCUCAGUUAUUACGUUUACUCAACAAUCACUCAAUAUUCGUUGAGGAACAUGCUGACGUGAAUGCGUUAAUCUUAGCUUUUAAGCUGCCAACUCUAAAUUGUGUGGAAAUCGAAAAAGAAAUUAUAGCGAACAACGGAAUAAUCUAUCAGCUUCGAUGGCCAUUAACAACAUCAGCACAAACUGUCUUGGAAUUAUUAUCAGCAGACGAGCAAUUUUCUUCGUUUGUUGAAUUACUUGAUAAACAAUCCAUAAAACUGCUCAAUUCGACAGAUGCUGUGACUGUUUUUGCUUUCACAAACUCGAUUUUCUCCUCAUUAUCACCAUCGUUACAAAGCAAAAUGAGAAGAGGAUGCGCAAAAGUUAUGGAUUGGCGAGAAAAAAUGAUCCCUUCAGACGAAAAUUUUUUGGAUCUGAUAGAACGGAAUAUCAAAAACAAUAGCAAACCAUAUGCCAUAUUCAUUCCUCCGUAUAAAAACUUUUCAAGUGAAACUGAUUUUAUCUUGAAUCAUAUCGUAUUAGAUGGUCGAAAAAUCACUAAUGGUUCAAUCACAACGAGUUAUAAUUCCAAGAUACCUUCAGUUAUUGCGGGAACUAAUUCAAUUUUUGGAUGUGCACAUAUAACGAAAACUCCAAUUCAAUUAUGUGAGACUAUAAUAUAUUUCAUUUCGGAGGUAGUUUUUUUUCACGUUUUUUUUACCGAAUUAGAGAGCUCUUUAACUGAAUUAUUGGCUGAUGAACAAAAAAUUUAUAUGAUUUUACUUCCGUCAAAUGAUGCUUUAUCAGCUAAUCUUGUGAAAGUAUUGACAGGAAAUAACACUUUUGCUCAUGAAUUUGUUCGAAGCCAUAUUUUAAAAGAGUUUUUUCUUAAUUACUUUUCAUCUAAAGAUUUUAUUUGCUCGAAAAAUCUAAAUUCUAUGGCGAAUGGCAGUACAGUAUCGAAAAUUGUAAAAAAUAUUGAUGAUUGCUAUUAUAAUGUUAGGGAAAUCAAUGGUAACACUGCUAUUGGCAAUAGCAUUAUACAGGACGGUGACGUAAUUGCUAAAAAUGGAAUCAUUCAUGUGGUGGACAGUCCCUUGCAAGUUAUUAAUUCGUACUGCCAUCGACCAUAA